UAGGCCAUUUUAUUUUUGUGAAAAUGUUCCCUGGGUUCUUGAAAAAGAAAAUCAAAGAGAAAAAGAAGGGAGUAAUAUAUGGCAACGUUGAAGGACCAUAUCGCAAUGAAGAACCGGAAUAUCUAAAGCUGGUCGAAAUUUACAGAGGGGAUAUUCGACUUCGUUUGAUUCCGAAACAAAUUUUACACUUGCUGUUUUUAAUCGGUGAAAGCGAAAAAGAAAAAAUAAGAAAAAUUGGAGAUAUUGAUCCAGCACUUGCAACAGACCAGCUUCUGGAUUGUAUAAAGUCUUCAUCAGAUCCAGGUCGAUGGCGCGAGUUCCUAAAUGCUCUUGAGAAAUCCAAGUUUAUUAGUCUCCUGAAGAAAAUAAGACGCCGAGAUGUUGACGAUGACACGGAACAAAGAAAUUACGUAUCAGUAAUGAUGCCGCAGCUUCGAGAAAUGAUUAAUCCUCGAGAAAUAAUGGCACAUCUUUUGUACCAUGAUCUCUUGAUAUCGGACGACAAGGAAGAAAUAGAAUGCGUGAUGAACAACAAAGGAGCCAUUGAAGCUUCGGAAAUGUUACUGGAACGAGUGUCUGGAAAACAUCCGAAUUGGUAUCCAGUACUUACAAAACUGUUUAUGAAGCAUGGACACACGGGCGCUGGGAAUAUGCUCUUGGAUGGUUUGUGCAAAGAAAAUACACCUUUGGGAAGGUUUCUACCUCGUUCUGAGUCCGACUCAGAGUUAUUGCGAACCGAUUACAAAUCAACAACAGCAGAAAAAGGAACCAAGAAACGACAUGCAACACAUUCAGAAAACGAUUAUACUGAUAAUGAAUUGCGAACAUGUACUGAUGAAUGGGAUGAUGAACGGAUAUACGCGGAUAUUGGAGAAGGUGAUCUUGAUAGUCUAGAUGCCAACAGAUAUUGUUAUAAACGUGGGCUUAAAGAUGAAGGCAUUAACAAAUCAUCGUCAGACAGAUACGUAACAACGAAACCACCAGUGAAAAUGCGCAAUGAGGUAGAAGCAAGAGUUCAUUUCAGUGGUGGAGCAACCUUUUCAGAGGAAGGUAACCAAUAUACCUCCGAGUUUAAAGCUGCCGAAGCCUACCAAUAUGCAUAUGGCUUUUAUGAUGAUACAGCCAAUGAAGAUGAUAAGAGCAAACGAACACAGAUAUACAGCCUGAUAUCACCUACGCCGCCAUUGCUCCCACCCCGUGGGACUACAGGGACAAGGCCGGAUCUGGUGUCCAAUACCUUUCCAGAUGACGAUGAUGAAAUUUAUGAAGGGUUCGACUAUGUGCAAGUUGUAAAAGAAUACGAUCCGAAAUAUAGCGGCCAGCACUCCUUGAAAGUCGGAGAUGUGUAUCGCAUUCAAAACCCUCUACUAGAUGGAGAUGACGACGGCUUCUAUCGUUCGAUUGAGGGCAAGUUAAUUCCAAAAGACAAUGUGAAAAUCUUUCAAAAGAAACCAAUACCAACGCCGAAAAAGAGGACUAUUUUCCCUCAUGAAGAUACCGGUUACACACAAAUUCCCAAACCCGAUAAACAGUUGCCUCCAUCAGAAAAAUCACAACAAAACGAUACUGGUAAAACGUCCGACAGGGAACUGCUGAUGAAUCUAUUAGAAGCGAAUAGGAAGAUAUUGGAAUCCCAAGAUGAGAUCAAGUCUUCACUUGCAGAACAUCAGAAAAUACUGAAUGUGGUGUGUGAAACACCUGUUUACCAGGAGUAUUACAAUUCAACACAGACAGGGGGAUGUCAGCUACCGCAAACAGAAGAUGUCUACGAAAUGUGCAAAGACGAAAACGAUGAACUGUAUUCACAAGCUGAACCAGAUGUUCCAGCCCUCGAUGACGGCGGAGAGGAAUCCGAUCAUUAUGUCGAAGCAGACGCAGAUGGAAACUUGACCAUCAAGACAAUGAGUAAUUUCAAAAACAUCAGGCUAUAAAGUGGACAUUUUCAAAACGAAGAGUGUUUGACGCGAACAUCGCGAAUUAUUAGGAAUUUUAGUAUGUUUGUCAUAUUUUACCAGUUCAAUUAUUUAAUAACUAUACUUAUAAGGUAUUUUGACUUCUGAUUUUACUCCUAAUUUUGAAUCCUGAUUAACUCCUGAAAUUUGUCCGCUGAUACAGUAGUCCGUGCUUUACGAUUUGUUAUUGUCUGCUGCAGAAUAUAUAGAUAUGCCAUAGCAAUAAUGUGUCAGAGUUUUCAGCAGUAAGGCCUCUUUUGGGAUUUCAUAAUAUUUAGAAACUGUCUAUUAGUUAA